AUGUCUUCGGCAUAUCCAUAUGCUCAACCCACUAACUUUGUUGACUUGUUGAAUAGUCAACAAGACACUCCCCUUAUUGAUUCCUUUGCUUCACUCGAGCCAUUUCCAAGCUUCAGCACGCAGACUACACCUCAAGAGCGAAAGGAGAGAGCUGCUUGGCACCCAAGCGACGAUGUCUUACUGAUCAGUUCCUGGUUAAAUACCAGUAAAGAUUCAGUAGUUGGCAACGAGCAGAAGAGUGGUGCUUUCUGGCAGAGGGUAGCGGACUCUUAUGCUGGAAGUCCAAAUGCAGAGGGUCGUGUACCGAGAACGGCAAGCCAGUGCAAGCAUAGGUGGCACAAGAUCAAUGAUCUUGUGUGUAAGUUCUCCGGUGCAUAUGACUCUGCAAUAAGGGAGAAGACCAGCGGCAUGAACGAGAACGACGUCCUGAAGCUUGCUCACCAGAUUUUCUUCACUAACCACAAGAAGAAAUUUAACCUUGAAUACGCCUGGAAGGAACUGCGGAAUGACCAAAAGUGGUGUGAUCUUUCCAACACAAAAGGUAAUGAAGCGAGCAAAAAGAGAAGAACCAAUGUGAUGGAGACUGAAGAGAUGGAGACUGUCGAAAAUGAUGGUUCAUGCUCUCGUCCUAUUGGUGUGAAGGCUGCAAAAGCCAAAGGAAAAAAAACUACUACUGAAGGAAACCAUGUGGCUCAAACUAUUGCAGACUUUCAAAAGGUGUUGGACGUUUUUGCAUCAGAAGUCAGCACAAAACAACAACGAAUCUGUUCGUUGACUACGGACAUCAGCAAGAGGCAACCAAUUCAAGGAAAAAAAGAGAUUUCAUUGAAAGAAACCGGGAAGAAGGCCAUAUACGUUUAUGGAAUGCUUACUUCAAAGAAAUACGCUCUCGGAAGGCCUGGUCUCUCCGGACUUCAGAUAUGUACAUCAGCAAUCCGUCUUUUGGCAUACGGAACUGCGGCUGAUUCAGUAGAUGAAUACCUCCGCAUUGGUGCUACUUCUGCUCGGAACUGUUUGGAAAAUUUUGUCGAAGCAAUCAUAAACUUAUUUGGUGAUGAAUACUUGAGAAGACCCACACCAGAGGAUCUUCAACGGUUACUUGAUUAUGGAGAGUACCGCGGAUUUCCCGGAAUGGUAGGAAGCAUCGACUGUAUGCACUGGGAGUGGAAGAAUUGCCCUACCGCGUGGAAGGGGCAAUAUUCACGUGGUUCAGACAAACCCACAAUCGGAAAACCUCCACAAGUGAAUUUUUCUAUAAACGGAAGGGAGUAUGAUUUGGCAUACUAUCUGACAGAUGGUAUUUAUCCGAAAUGGGCGACAGUUAUCCAAUCUAUUCCAAUUCCACAAGACCCGAAAGCAUGUUUAUUUGCAGAAAAACAGGAAGCUGCUCGAAAAGAUGUCGAACGUGCUUUUGGUGUCUUGCAAUCUCGGUUUGCCAUUAUCAAAAAACCCGCUCUGUUUUGGGAUAAGAAGAUGAAAGAGAUGGAUACGCACUCUCAACUGUUUCAGAAUUCCAGCACGGAGAAGGAAGCGAAAGUGCAACUGUGA